CUCGGGAGCGAGCACGUAGGCACGAGAUACCAGUAUUCGUUCAUGGCGCAGGGAGGUGUGUGCUGACGUCAGGAACGCGCCCGGCACCAGUGUCUCGCUGGAAAGGUUACAGGCGGCUGAUCAGGUUUGAGGUCGUCCGUGUCACCGAACUGGAAUCUCGGCUUGGAGAGUGACCCGGAUCCUCCUCUGACUGGCCGCCCAUGCAAAAGAUGCUGUCUCUUAUAUCCCGGGUGCUGCAGGGCUCGGCCCACAAGCCUGCUGUCCGUGUUAUGGUGGCAUCCCGUAACUAUGCUGACUUUGCAUCAGAAGCAACGUUUGAUAUUAAGAAAUGUGACGUUCACCGGUUAGACGAAGCUCCACCGACUACAUCCGUUCUGACUAGAGAGCAAGGCCUGCAGUAUUACAGGACCAUGCAGACCAUCCGGCGUAUGGAGCUCAAAUCAGAUCAGCUGUACAAGCAAAAGAUCAUCCGUGGAUUCUGUCAUCUAUACGACGGUCAGUUCUUAUUGAGAUACGUUACUAAUGAAGCGUGUUGUGUUGGCCUGGAGGCGUCCAUUAAUCUCUCAGAUCACUUAAUCACAGCCUAUCGCGCUCACGGAUAUACCUAUACUCGCGGGGUGUCUGUGAAAGAAAUCCUGGCCGAGCUCACAGGAAGAAGAGGGGGUUGUGCCAAGGGAAAAGGCGGUUCAAUGCACAUGUAUGCCAAGAACUUCUAUGGAGGGAACGGCAUUGUGGGAGCUCAGGUCCCUCUUGGAGCAGGAAUAGCGUUGGCCUGUAAAUAUUUUGGAAACAAUGAAAUCUGUUUGUCUUUAUAUGGAGAUGGAGCUGCUAAUCAGGGUCAGAUAUUUGAGACCUACAACAUGGCAGCUCUUUGGAAGUUGCCUUGUAUCUUCAUCUGUGAAAAUAACAGAUAUGGCAUGGGGACGUCUGUAGAAAGAGCUGCAGCCAGCACAGACUACUACAAGCGUGGAGACUAUAUCCCGGGCCUCAGGGUUGAUGGUAUGGACGUGCUUUGUGUCAGAGAAGCUACCAAGUUUGCUGCUGAUCAUUGCAGAUCCGGGAAGGGGCCUAUUUUGAUGGAGCUGCAGACUUAUCGUUACCAUGGACAUAGUAUGAGCGACCCUGGAGUUAGUUACCGCACAAGAGAAGAAAUUCAGGAGGUGAGAAGUAAGAGUGACCCGAUAACCCUUCUGAAGGACAGGAUGCUAAACAACAACUUAUCCAACGUGGAGGAAUUGAAGGAAAUUGAUGUAGAAGUGCGGAAGGAAAUCGAAGAAGCUGCUCAGUUUGCUACCACUGACCCUGAACCCCCUCUGGAGGAGUUAGGAUAUCACAUUUAUCAUAACGAAGCACCUUUUGAUGUACGAGGUGCAAACCCCUGGAUCAAGUACAAAUCUGUCAGCUAAACAUCCCUAACACUCUCAGCCUCUACAUGUAUACCAUAUACUUAUUUGUCUGUUACUCUGUCGCCGCUUUAAUGGGAACUGUUGUUUCAUGUAACCCUUUUCCACCUUACUGGGAUAAGAAGCAGACAGUCCUUGUAGAGCAUUUUAAUGUGAGCGGUUGGAAAGAUUUAAGUCUGCCAAUUGGCUUAGGUUUUUCUGGUGACACAUUAAAGGCACUCCAGUGUCUAUUACAGCAUCUUAUUCUGUCCUCAGUACAUUACUGAACCGUUAUUUAUAGGAAGGCUCCCAUUUUUAAGUGUGUACAGAUAAUCAUGUGUCUUACCAUGUAUGCAUUCUGCAGUCAUUAAAAUUUGGCCUUAAAGAGUUCUUUUUGCUGUAU